AUGAUCUCGCGCAAGAGGACACAGGUCAGUUACUCGUGCGAUUACAUCAAGACUAUACCGCGAUCUUCGCUGGCCGCUAAAUGGUCACGGGAAUGCACAGAGAGAGUAUUCAUCACCAUUUCCCUGAUUAUUGCUAUUGCACAGGCUCAGGCCAAAGACACCGUGAAUGCAGUUGAAGAUCCACAAUUUGCCAUUUCGAGUAAAUUUGGCAAUCAUGACCAAGUGUCCAAGUGCCCCGAAUUGCAGAUUACCGAUCGAAUGACCAGAGAACUGCCGAGACCCAUUUUGAGGAGCGGUUUGAAGAUUCCCAUCAACGGCAAAGCUCUGCGGUUCAAGAAUUUCACUGAAAUCACUGUGGAGCCAUGGGAUGCGGGGGAAGAUCUCCAGGGAGCUCUCAAGGAUGCCGCUCUCGAAGGACUCCACGCUAUGACGGAGUAUUACGACAGGAUUGAACCAGAGCUUGUGCGCAAUGGAUCAUACUUGAGCGUGGAUGAUCCUGCAGCUUUUCUCUGGAGAUUCAGCGCACCACACUCGAUGGAAGACGAUCAAUCCAGAGGAGCUUAUGCCGCCCUCGUGGCAGCCAAGAAGUUGCGCGAAAGCCAUCACGUGGACUUUGUGGGGCUCGGAAGGGAGGAUCCGCCCCGGCUGUCGCUCAGGCGCACAUCCCUGGAGAGCUUCUGUCCGCCGCGUGAUUCCCCAGCGUGCGCUCAUAGCAGUGAAAAGUACCGGACGCACGAUGGCACCUGCAACAACAGGAGGAGGCCACGGUGGGGCUCCUCGCAGAUGCCGUACCAGAGAUUCAUGACGCCCGACUAUGAGGACGGGAUCAGUGAACCACGCAGGGCUUCCGACAGAUCCAACUUGCCGUCCGCGAGGUUCGUGAGCCUAGUGAUCGUGGGCGCCAACCGGGAAGAGAGUCCAGUCACGCUGAUGCUCGCUCAGUGGGGACAAUUCAUCGAUCACGAUGUUACAGCCACGAGGCAGCCGAUGAGUGUAAAUGGAUCCAUUCCUAGUUGCUGCGGAUCAUCCUCCAAUGACAAUCCUAAUUGCUUUCCCAUCAAAGUGCCCUUUGACGAUCCCUGGCUGGCUCCCAUUGGGAUCCGAUGCCUGGAAUUUCUGCGAUCAGCUCCAGCCCAGAGAAGGGAUUGCACAUUGUCAUGGCGAGAGCAAACCAACCAAGUCACAUCCUUCAUUGACGCAUCCACGGUUUACGGAAGCACUCAGCGAAGCAAUCAGAACAUCAGGCUGUUCCAGAACGGACUGCUCUUGUUCGGAAGAGGACUGCCCAAGGAUGACACGUGCCUCAGGGCCGCUCUUGCAGAUCGGUGCAUAAGAGCAGGCGAUGGAAGGAGCAAUGAGCAGCCUGCACUGCUGGCUCAACACAUCAUCUGGGUGACUGAACACAACAGAAUUGCCACUGAACUGGGAAACCUGAACCAUCACUGGAGCGACGAGAAGAUCUAUCAAGAGACAAGAAGGAUUAUCAUCGCCAUGGUGCAGCACAUCACUUAUCGAGAGUUCCUGCCCUUGGUUCUGGGUCGAGUGGUUUGCCAAAUCUUCGGACUGGAGCUUCAAGACAGUGGAUAUUACAAAUCGUACAGUGAGAAUAUGAAUCCUUCAACAGCCAAUUCCUUCGCUUCGGCUGCUUUCCGGUUCGGCCAUUCGCUGAUUCAAAACUCCAUCAUGAGAGCAGAUCGGCACAACUUCUUCCUACCCAACAACAUUUCACUUCACGAUGAGUCAUCAAGAGGAGACAUCGGCGGUCCAGGGUCUCUCCAUCGCAUGAUCAGAGGGAACAUCAAGCAGAGAUCGAUGAAAGUGGACGAAUUCGUGACUCCUGAGCUGACAAAUCAUCUCUUCCAGAGUCCAAACGCCAGAUUUGGCUUAGACUUGGCGGCGAUCAACAUCCAAAGAGGUCGAGAUCACGGCCUUCCGGUUUACUCUUCUUGGCGCCUGGCUUGCGGACUGUCUCCGAUAAACGAUUGGAAUGAUCUCAACGAGGUCAUGGGUCCGGGCACAGUGCGGCGCAUGCGACAAGCUUACAAGAGUGUUCAUGACAUUGAUGUGUGGCUUGGCGGAAUUGCCGAACGUCCGGUAGUUGGAGGACUCGUCGGACCCGUGAUUGCUUGCAUUGUGGCCCAGCAGUUUGUCAACUUCCGAAAAGGAGAUCGAUUUUGGUACGAAAACGGUGGGUUCAACAGCAGUUUCACUCCUGCUCAACUUGCCGCCAUUCGAAAAACCAAUCUUGCCCAAGUUCUGUGCAGAUCAACUGCAGGAGGUCAGAUGCAACCGUUUGUCUUUCUGCCACCGGAAAAGCCGGGGAAUGAGUACCAAACCUGCGGCACGAGAUCUUUGACUCCAAUCGAUCUGAGACCGUGGAAGGAGAUUGAUCCUUUCCAGCAUGACGAGGAGUCUCUAAACUUGUUCGACAUACCCGCUGCUCACAUUAUGAUUAAUCCAUUCCGCGAAGACAAUUCUGUGGGUGGCAAAGUAGAUGAGAUUCCAGAAAGCAAGAACAUGACUCAAACAACAACUGAACAUACUAUAGACAGCAAACUAGACUUGACUGAUAUCACAACGAACAAGAACGUAAACGUGACUAUUAGUGACAAACUGGAAAUACCUAAGAAGACUCUGCUGAAUAUCAAGAGACUGCGGAAACCGACAAAACACAAAAAGAAACGACCCCACCUAAGACGAGUUGAUGACCUUAUCUUUAAGAACGACGACAAUGCGACGGUUUACGUAGGAAACAAGCCUCUGAGCUUCAAUGAAGCGGAAGAGAAGACGAUACGCGACGUUUUACUUGCUUUCACGCCACGACCAUUCCAAAUUGAGAUCAAUAUCAAACGUACAGAAGCGACAAAGAGACCUCUUGACACAACCACUGCCAUUUAUCCAUUGAGACCUCAAGUCAGACCGAUCUAUACGACGCCAAGACCCUUUGACGACUUUGACGAGCACAAGGAAUCCUACGCAUCUCUGCCUGACAUUGCUUCAACGGGUUCGACUCCAUUCAGUUUUGAACAGACUAAACCGGACCGACAAGACGAUAGUCCACCAUUUGAAGAACUCGACCAAGUGCCAAUCUUUACCACGCACAGACCGAACAUACUAACAUCCUACUUCCCGACCGGACUGAAGAAAAAGACGACCACUUCCACGACAGAGUCCGUGUAUAUAAUCCCUCCGAAGUUAGACGUUGAUCCUUCUCCAAACUAUCCUGCUCAGUCCUCAGUUUCAUCCAAUCUCUCUCCCUUCUCAACUUCCGGCUCAUCUGUCUCCUGGGCGAAGAAUCUGUCACCUCUGCUAGACUUCGGCUUAGAAACUAACGAGACAAGACCUAACGUUGAUCCCAAACUAUCCACUGAAGACCUGACUCCUCCGCAAGCCUAUGACUUUGACGCUGACUAUGACUAUACAACCCUACCUCCCGCCUUGAACUCUCAACUGAACGAAAAUGACGAAGAGUCGACGGACAAAAUCCCUUUUGACGAGGACGGAUACUUGAGACCAGAACAUAUCCAACUCAAUCAAACGACUGACCAUAUUGAGAUCAUACAACUGGAGGGCAUAGAACUGACCAAGACAUCUGGGAAUGACGACUUUGUACAGCCCAUAUUCAGUCAAGACUUUAGAACAGUAGACGUGCGUGAAAAGAAGAUUGUCUUCACGGACACUCUUCCCAGAACGCCAGACUUUGGCAUUAUGGCUGAGGAUACUGACGAAAUACAAGACAAAGGACUGACACCUGACGUUAGCGUUCCUCUUGUGCCACUCGUGGUUCUGACCAGAGUUGAUAGACCUGACAACUGGGCUAUCAUAGAUGCGCCGAUGAGCAAGAACAACCCUCCCAAGAUGCCAUCAAUUGAGGAUAAGGGCGUGAAGUACUCAAAAGAAUUCCCCAAGCCUCUGCAGUUCAUCGAGGAAUUGAUAAAGAAACAUGGAUAAUCACUGCAUUCACGACAUUAUUCACUCCCAUACUUAUAUCACAAUUAUUUAUUGUUUAUUUAUUUAUUUAUUUGUAUUUUUACAUAUUUUUCGGCUCAAUACA